AGCGUGCAGGCGGCGCCGGGCGCGGGCACGGCGGUGCGGUGGAUGACCAUGUCCUGCCCGCCGCUGUGCACGUCGCUGAGCUGCUCCAGCACGGCGAUGCUGCGGGCCGUGCUCACCGACACCCGGUGGUCCUCGGACCAGGCCAGCGGCUCCAACCCGCUGGCGCCGUGCUGCAGCCGCACCGCCGGCUCUCGCCGCACCGCCGUGAGCCGGAACCCGGCGCUCGCCGCCGCCGCCGCCGCCUCCUCCGCGAUCACCUCGAGCCCCAGCGGCGGCUCCUCCCGCCCCGCCGCCGCCAUGUUACCGCCGCCUCACGGGCCGCGCGCACGCGCCGCCACCGCAAGCCCCCGGCGGGCCCGGCCGGGGCUGCCCCGCCGCCGCCUGCGCGCCCCGCGGGCCCGGGAGCGCGGCUUGCGGGGCUGGGGAGAGCCCUCACGGAGCCCCCGCAGCGCCGCGGGGCGGGCGGGACAGCCGGGUGCGCUCCGGGUUCGGAGGAAAGCUCCGCACCCACUGCCGCGCCGCCCUCAAGGGCCGGGCCGGGCGGGAGGCGGCCCCGGGGGCCUGCGGAGGAGCGGGCGGGACAUGGCGGCCGGCAUGGGGAUGCGCGGCCUCGGCCGGCAAUCUGGUGCUCUGAAAAGGAAACUCCAGUCACCACAUGGAAAGCCACCCGUGAAACGCAAACGGAAAUUAUCCAUAAACACCUUCAGGAAGGGUGCCACUGAGGCUGACAGGAGGGAGGAGGGAAGCUCAUCACAAAAACCUCUUCCUAAGAAGCAGUUGACUAACAAACAAAAUGAAAGCAAGAAAAACAAACCUUCCAUUAAGACGUCCAGCCUGUUUAAAAACAACCCAGACAUCCCAGAAAUUCACAGAAAAGAAGUGCAGCAGGUGCAAGAAAAUGUUUUCACUACAGAUUCCUUCAGCCAGCUGGACCUCCACCCACAUCUGAUCUCCACAAUAAAUACUGUCCUAAACAUAUGUAGCAUGACCAGUGUUCAGAAGCAAACCAUUCCUGUGCUCCUGCAAGGCAGAGAUGCCCUGGUGAGAUCUCAGACUGGUUCAGGUAAAACUCUUGCCUAUGGGAUUCCACUUGUGCAGUGUUUGCAAGGACUAGAAUCCAAAAUACAGCGCAGUGAUGGCCCCUACGCCCUCGUGCUUGUCCCAACCAGGGAGCUUGCACUCCAAAGUUUUGAUACAAUCCAGAAGCUACUUAAGCCGUUUAUCUGGAUUGUGCCUGGAGUGCUAAUGGGGGGAGAAAAGAGAAAAUCAGAAAAAGCCAGAUUACGGAAAGGGAUAAAUAUUCUCAUUUCCACCCCUGGCCGCCUGGUUGAUCACAUCAAGUCCACAGAAUGUAUUAAUUUCCGUCACACUCAGUGGCUGAUUAUUGAUGAAGCAGACAGGAUCCUGGACCUGGGCUUUGAGAAGGAUGUGACUGUGAUACUCAAUGCUUUAAAUGCUGAGAGAGAGACACGUCAGAAUGUGCUGCUCUCAGCCACUCUCACCGAAGGAGUGACACGCCUGGCUGAUAUCAGCUUGAAUGACCCUGUCAGCAUUUCUGUAGCAGAUGAAAUCCAGAAGGUGCCUGAAGCAGCAUCACAGACAGAUAGGGAAGCCAGCAGUUCAUUGAACUGCAUGGAGCAGGAAAACUUUGCUGUUCCAGAGACACUGCAGCAGUAUGUCAUUAUGGUCCCCAGCAAACUGAGGCUUGUCACAUUAGCAGCUUUUAUCCUGCAGAAAUGCAAGUUUGAAAAGCGCCACAAGAUGAUCAUCUUUUUCUCCAGCUGUGAACAAGUGGAAUUCUACCACGAGCUCCUUGUAAAGGUCCUUUCAGGAGGGUCAGAGUCAGAACAACCUGGAUGUUCAUCCCCCUCCUCUGUGAGCUUACAGUUUCUACGUCUGCACGGCGACAUGGAACAGGAAGAAAGGACAGAGGUCUUCCAGGAGUUCCUAAAAUCCAAGACUGGCAUCUUACUUUGCACUGAUGUAGCAGCACGGGGGCUGGACCUGCCUCAGGUGACCUGGAUUGUACAGUACAACGCUCCGGCUUCACCUGCGGAAUACAUCCACAGGAUCGGGAGGACGGCGCGCAUCGGCUGCCGUGGGAGCAGCCUGCUCGUGCUGGCGCCUUCGGAGGCAGAAUAUGUCAGCUUGCUGGCUUCUCACAAGAUUAAUGUUUCAGAGCUGAAGAUGGAGAAGGUGUUAGCAGUCCUGAUGAAAGAUGAUCGCUUCAAGGUGCACAGACCAGGAAGCAGGAAAUCCUGUGGCAAGAACCCUCAGGAAGUCCGGGAGAGAGCCACGGUCCUGCAGACAAAAUUUGAAAACUACGUCCACUCCAGCGAGGAGACUGUCCUGUGGGCAAAGAAAGCACUGCAGUCUUUCCUUUGUGCCUACACCACCUAUCCCAGCAAACUCAAGCACAUCUUCCACAUCAAAUCUCUCCACCUGGGUCACGUGGCCAAGAGCUUUGGGCUGAGAGAUCCUCCCCAGAACCUGACUGCAGGCUCAAAGAGGAAAACCAAACCAAGACCAAAAAGGUCUGAGCUGCUCAAGAAGACCCAUGGCAAACACCGCCUUGCUGAGAUCCUGCGCUCUGAAUAUUCCAGUGGGAUGGACACUGCUGGAGCCAAGGUCAAGAAGAAGAAGAGAAAGCAGAGAAAAGCUGGCAACCAGCAGAUUCCAGCAUAAGCCAGGCCCUUCCAGUCAUUGGCUGUAAAAGCUGCUUGAGUGCCUCAGCUGGGGGUCAGGGUGACCUGCCAAAUCAACUGAGGACGGUUUCAAUUUAUCAGGCAAAUGUAGGAGGCAUCCUGGGGAUCUUGGCCUCCUCCCCUUUAUUCCAUAGGUCCAAGUGGAAUGGAAUCCAGGUGUGUCCUGUUGUACUGCUGCAAUUAAAUGUGGCUUCCCAAAGAUCCACCAUUGUCACACUGGGUUAGGAACAGCUAAGAAGCACGACACAGACUCUCUUGUGAGCUGAACAGGAGAGCAAAGUCGUUUAUUCUUGAUCUUCUUUUAUAGACGUGUUUGAGAAGGUCUGAGAGGUAAAACUCUCAUUGGUCAUUAAAGCAGCACAUCACUAUCAUUGGUUAAGUGAAACACCACCCCUUGACAGUUUCCUAAACACCACCUGCAAAGAUUGUUGUCCUGUACCAAGGACUGUUUGGAUUCUUUCUCAGGCCAGAAUGAGAAGCCUGUGACUCAGUUCCCUGUUUUUUUCAUUUAGCAUCCACACGCCAUGUUCCUAAGAUUUUAUUUUUUUUAACAAGAAAAAUAAAAAGAGGUUGAAUAUGAUUUUCAGAGAAAUGUGUGUGCAACAUAAAAGUGAGACCAGUUUGGGUAGGCAGGAGGUGCUUUUCUGUUUAAGGAACACUCCACAAUCCCUUCACUUGCUGUUUCCAGCCAGGUGAACAUAGCAGAGGAGGUGUCACCAUGGAGAGGGGAAUCUGCCCUGUCCUGUCACUGUAAAGGGAGCACUUUUGCUCUUGGCUCAGGUAAUGAGGCCACAUUGCUGCCAGCUCCUCUCCUGUCCUCUGUGCACUGGGCAAGGUCUGUGCCUGGUCACUGUUAGUCAGAAUUGCCACCUGCAACGAUGCCAGUGGCAGGAUUGUGGAGAACUCUUCAGUGUGAUGACACAGAGUCCCUUUGGGGCAGAGUUCAUUGGCACAGAACUUCUGUCAGAGCUCCUGGACUCGGGAACAAACGUUGUCACUGUGGGAAGGAGCCACACUGGAAUCCAGCAGUCUCCUCCUUGCCUGCAGCGUGUUGUCAUUCCUGAUUAUGUAACACAGAGGGAGCAGGAGAUGUCUCACCUCUCUGAACAUUAAAGCCUUUGCAGGCUCCUACAAACCCUUGCCAGUAGUGACCCAGGCUUUUGGGGUUCUUUGCCCUGCCUGAGCCUGUUUUGAGCUCAUGGAUUUUGCUUUUUGCUUUUCCUAUUUGCCAUCCAUCUUGUUCCCAUCAGACAACUGGGACACUGGGAAAAGGGAUGCAGGAUGGCCCCCAGUGUGCUGAGACUGGCAUUUGUUCACCAGAGUGUGAAAUGAAACCCAAACUGCCCUGGGAGUGGAGAGUGCCUCCAAAGCAUGCAGAAUUCCCAACUCCCCCAGCUCCUACAGGUGAGCACCCACCUGUCCCCUCUCUGUUCCUCCCUCUGCAUCUUCCAGCCCCUCCUAGAACACAAGCACCAAGCAAGGCACAGGUGAGAACAGCACAAAAACAGCCAAAACACAACUUUCUUCUCCCUGCAUGUGUCUUCCUCAAGGAAAGGGAUGAGGAAGAGCAGCCCACCCGUGACCUGAGCCAGGCAUGUUUAAUGCAGGAGCAGAAAGUGCUCAAAUAGUGGCAAUUUCAGACGUCAGAAGGAAGAAAAGUACUGAAAAAGGAGUAUAAACAGAUGAAAAUGAUGCCUUGUAAAUGCAAAAUUGAGGGCACCUACUUUGGGCUGUUGUGAGUCAUACAGAGGAUUGUAGGAGAGCAGCAAUCAGCCCCAAAGUAUUUAAUUUCUGAAGUGAAGGUAACUUUUGAAACCAGAAUUUUUAUUUCCUCCCAGACAAUUAUCAAACACUCCAAUUUCACUGCAAUACUUUUUUGAACACCUCUGGAAGAUAAUAAAAAGGAUCCAGUAUCAAAUUAACCAUGAUUUUGCAGAGAGAAUGAAGUUACAAACAUUUAUUAGAUUAAAAUAAAAUAGCAACAAAGCCCCACCUGAUUUUGUUAUGAGAACUAUUUGAAAGAGCAAUCAGGUUUAAGGCAAAUGUCAAACAGAAAAGAAACCCCUGAGGAUGAAAAUGACUCAGAAUGAUGCAGGAAGUGCAAGUUUGGGAAUGAUAUUUUGCAUGAAGGGAAAAUACAUGACCUUCUCCUGGCUGACUGUCACAUAGGAAUUAAUAGGGACUGCUGGCAAAUUCAUAACAGUAGGAAAAAAGGCCAACAACACAUAGGUGAGAGACAUCAGGAGAUCACAUUGCUGCCUGUAUUAACUGGGCAUGAAACAGUACAAAUGGUUAUGAUGAAUCAAGUGAUUUUUAAAAAAAAAUAUGAGUGCCUUUUUCUUUCAGCUUCACCAUCUUUAGCAGAUAGGGCUGGAUUGCUUGUGUGAUUAGGGAAAGAGAGAGGAGGAUAAAUAAAUUGUUAAAAGACAUGCACAUGCACCUGAAGUUAAGCCAAGUUUUCUCCUAACAAACUUGAAGGCUGAUGAGCAAAAUGUGUUUGAAUUGUGGCCAGGUGGGCCGGACACAAAUUCUGCCCUUAUUUACACUUGGGCAGCUCCAGAUUGGCUCUGAGCUGGCUUCACCCUUGUGCACCACUCAAUUCAGGAAGAACCUGGUAGGUUUGGGGUUGAUUUUAUUCAAAUCAUCAUUCAGGCAGGGCAGGGCAGGG